GCUCCUGAACCAGCUUGCCGCAAAAAUCUGGCGCAGCCUCUGGAGCACUGCCGCGUCGACGCGAACACUUGGCCCGGAAAGCCGGCCCGGGGUUUUCAAUGACAGUACCAUUGAUCACAGUUUCGACGGUAAGUCGCCGGACGGCGCGAUGAGGGGAGAGACUGGGCUUCUGGUGGCGUCCCCAGUCGCUGGAGACACCGCCAGAGGACGCGCGGGGACGCCGAGGGCCUCCGUCUGUGGCCGCGCGCGAGCCCUGCCCCUGUGGGUCCAGAGCACGGUGGGGUGUCGGCCCCGCGGGGGUUCGCGAGGCCGCAGGCACCCCUCGAGCUCGGAGCCCCCGCCGACGCUUCCGAAGAGUUUGCCCCGCAGGGCAGGGUUCGCGUGACCAAGCUGCCGCGGGGUCUUGUCGACGCUGGUCUUGGUCAUGGUCCACGCGGGCCGCCGCCGAUGCCACGGGUUGACGAUGGCCAAGAUGGACGAUGACCAGGAUCGACACCGACGUUUCCGCGUUCCUCGUUCUCUUUUUCCCCCUGGCCUGGGCCACUGUUCGCCGUGUCCGCCGCCCGCUCCCAGACCGUCCGGCCAGGCGGUCGCUGUCGGCGCCCGCGGCGCUGGCUGCGGCCGCCCUGGGGCUCCUGGCCUCCCCCGCGAGCGCCCUCUCGGUGGCGGCGACGCGCCUCGGUGAGCCGGAGAAUCGCACGGAGGAGAGGCGGCCGUAUUGGCACAGACUUCGAAACCUGAAAGACGUCCAGUACCUCGGGAGCAUCAAAGUCGGCGGCCAGGUGGUUACCGGUCUCUUCGACACGGGGUCUUUCGAGCUGCUGGUCUUCGGGGAGGACUGCGUCUCUUGCGGCCAGGCGGUCGCCUACCACCGCAGCAUCAGCACUUCCUACGCCGCCGGCCGCGGCUCCGAGAGCCACUCCUUUGGGAGCGGCACCUGCUAUUCGAACGACGGCUACGAGCGGCUGGAGAUCGGGCCCCUGGCGGCCGACCAUGCGCCCUUCUGGGAGGUCGUGAGGGCGGAGAUGCCGGUGCUGGAGGCGGCCACGUUCCAGAGCAUCAUCGGCAUCGGCCCCCCCGGCGAGCCGGCGGCCAGCGCCAAGUUCGUGCUCGAGAAGAUCCGGAAGCAGGAGGAGCAGUAUCGCAGGGACAGCGGCGUGGUUCCCCCGGAGCUCCUCGAGCAGGAGCGCGAGUUCGAGGAGAAGGUCAGGACGGAUUCGAGCAAGCUCUCCCUCGUAGAGAGCCUGGGGGUGUCCAGGUUCUCCCACUGCCUCGGCAGGACCGCGGGCUCUCCCGGCUGGCUGGUCUUCGACGACCUCGACCCCCGCACGCGGCCGGAGUCCUUCGCGUCGCUCCAGGUUGCAGGCAAGCUGACCUGGAGCGUGCAGGUCACGGGCAUGUUCCUUCGGAACAACUUCGACAACACCAGGAUCCCACUGGGGUGCCAGCCGAGCUGCGGCGCGAUUGUGGACACGGGCACCUCGCUGUUCUCGUUGCCGACCCACGUCUACAAGAAGAUCUUCGAGUCGAUCAAGAGCAUGGACGGAGACUGCGGCGACCUCCGCAUGUUCCCCGACCUCGUCGUCCAGGUCAACGGCCAAGACCUCCCCUUCCCAGCGGAGAGCUACAUCGGCAAGGUCGACGGGAGCGUGCCCGACCCGAUGAAGGACCUCGUCCAUGCCAACCAGGACGUGGCCUUCGGGAGCAUCCCGGGCGGAGGCGCCGCCCCCCUGUUCAGGCUCGAAGCGGCUUCGGACGAGGUGAGCGUCAACACGACCACGGACGACAGGCAGAAGUGCCAGCUCCUCCUCAUGGACAUGGGCGAGGAGAUCACGCAGCUCGGCCCGCUCGCCAUCCUUGGCAUGCCCUUCUUCCGGGAGUACUACACGACUUUUGACAUCGGCGCUCCGAGGGUGGACAAUGCGUGCUGCUGCAAUGCCACAUUCGUCGACAACCUGCUCACGAUUGCAGAGACACCAGAGAAUGCCAUCACCAUUAUGGCCCGUUGCGAAGAAGAGCCGCGAAAACGAUGGUGUUUGAACAUCGGCGCGGACACCAAGGAGUUCAUGACGUGCAGGGCCUACCCGCACGCCAUCAACCUCCCACCGGCAUGGACGAGGCACUCUGUGUUGAAGUGCCUCGGCCACCGCAUCGACGACGACGGUGGCCUACGCACCUGUUUCCAGAAGUCCGCAGCAGCCAUGGCGAAGUCUUUCUACGCCAACCUGACGGCGGGCCUGCUUCGCGCGCCGAUCUCUGCCAAGUACCGGGUCAUGAACACAUGCGUUCGGUCCGUUGGUAGUUUCUGUUGGUCAAGGUGGCCGUACGUCAAGACGUACGCGGCCAAGCUCGACAGGCUCCAGCGAACGUUCUUCACUUCCUUGAUGCAAGUCAAACGGAAAAGACUCGUGUCUGCCAUGGGCGGUUACAACAACGAUGGAGCUCCUGUGUAG